GAAGAGCGUGUCUGCGCACGCGCGAGGUAGCUCACUGUAUGCCUGUGGCCGCCAUGACACUUUAGGCUGAAGCUUGCAUCUGAGAUAUAUUCUUUCCUCAGUCCGCAUCCUAUCCUUCCCGGCCGGAGCCAUCCAGGUGACAUGGAGGAAGAAAGAAUAAGUGUUGGGUUACAGAAAAGUAUGAUGCAGGACUCGGUGACCUUUGAGGAUGUGGCUGUGGACUUUACCCAGCAGGAGUGGGCUUUGCUGGAUCUUGCUCAGAGGAGCCUCUACAGAGAUGUGAUGCUGGAAACCUUCCAGAACCUGGUCUCACUAGGGUACCCACUAUUCACACCCAGUCUGAUCUCCCAGUGGGAACAAGCGGAGGAACUGCAGACAGUGAAGACAGAACUUAUCCAGGGCAUCUGUACGGAGCAGCACCAGGAAGGUGUUGAGUCUCUACUUAAUACUAAGGAAUUAGUUGCUCUUCAAGAUAACAAUGGAGAAAAAAUAUCCAAUGAACAGAGAAUAGUGCGAUUCAAAAGAAAUGGUUCCUGCUCCUCUAUUUCACAUGAAAACCAGGACUUCCAUGGUGUGGAUGAUUGGAACAAAAGCCAUGAGAAAGGUUUAAGUCAUGUGGUAGAGAACAUCUGUGAAUACAAUGAAGAAAAUCAAUGUGGACAAAUUUCAAAUCUUAUGCUCCAGAGAACUACUGAAGUCAAAUCCUUUGAAUGCUAUGAGUGUGGAAAGUCCUUCCUGUUUCAUUCAUCACUUAAGAAUCACAGCAGAUCUCAUGCUGGAAACAAACCCUAUCAGUGUAAGGAAUGUGGGAAAGCCUUCCAUUUUCUUUCUUGUUUUAAGAAGCAUAUGAAAACUCCUACUGAAGAAAAACCAUAUGAAUGUAAGGAAUGUAUAAAGGCCUUCAGUUGUUCCUCCCUGUUCAGAGCACAUAUGAAAAUUCAUAGUGAAAAGGCAAACUAUGAAUGUAAGGAAUGUGGGAAAACCUUCAGUAGUUCUUCCCACCUCACAGAACACAAAAGAAUUCACAGUGGAGAUAAGCCCUAUGAAUGUAAGGAAUAUGGGGAGGCCUUUAGUUGUUCCUCAUCACUCUCCAAACACAAAAGAAUUCAUAGUGGAGAUAAGCCAUAUGAAUGUAAGGAAUGUGGGAAGGCCUUUAGCUCUUCCUCUCAUCUUAAAAGACAUAUAAGAAUUCACACAGGAGAGAAGAAGCCCUAUGAAUGUAAAGAGUGUGGGAAGGCCUUUAGUGACUCCUCAAAACUCACUGUACAUGUGAGGACACACACCGGAGAGAAACCCUAUAAAUGUAAGGAAUGUGGGAAAGCCUACUAUUGCCCCUCCUCCUUAAGUAUCCACUUGAGAAAACACACUGGACAGAAACCUUAUGAAUGUCUGGAAUGUGGAAAAGCCUUCUGUCUUCCCACUUUCCUGAACACAUAUGUGAACAAUCAAAGUAGAGAGAAACCCUAUGAAUGUAAGGAAUGUGGGAAGGCCUUCAGUUGUCCCUCAUCCUUUAAAGCACAUGUGAGAGAUCACAAUAGUAAGGUGCAAUAUGAAUGUAAGGAGUGUGGGAAGGCCUAUCGUCAUUCCUCAUCCCUCACUGAACACCUAAGAAUUCACAGUGGAGAAAAGCCUUAUGAGUGUAAGGAAUGUGGGAAGGCCUUCAUUAGUUCUUCCUAUCUUACAGUACAUAGAAGAACUCACACUGGAGAGAAACCUUAUGAAUGUAAAAAAUGUGGGAAAGCCUUUAUUCGUUUGUCAGGUCUUAGUAGCCACAUGAGAACCCACACUGAGGAAAAACCCUAUGAAUGUAAGGAAUGUGGGAAGGCAUUUCGACAUUCUUCAUCCCUUACUAUACAUGCAAGAAUGCACACUGGAGAAAAACCCUUUGAAUGUCUGGAGUGUGGAAGAGCUUUCAGUUCUCCCUCAUCCUUUGGGAGACAUGUGAAAAACCAUACUGGACAGAAACCAUAUGAAUGUAAGGAAUGUGGGAAAGCCUUCAUUAGUUCUUCCUAUCUUACAGUACAUAGAAGAACUCACACUGGAGAGAAACCUUAUGAAUGUAAAAAAUGUGGGAAAGCAUUUAUUUGUUUCUCAGCUCUUAGUAUCCACAUGAGAAUCCACACUGAGGAAAAACCCUAUGAAUGUAAGGAAUGUGGGAAGGCAUUUCGACAUUCUUCAUCCCUUACUAUACAUGGAAGAAUGCACACUGGAGAAAAACCCUUUGAAUGUCUGGAGUGUGAAAGAUCUUUCAGUUCUGCCUCAUCCUUUGGGAUACAUGUGAGAAGCCAUACUGGAGAGAAACCAUAUGAAUGUAAGGAAUGUGGGAAAGCCUUCAUUUGUUCUUCCUAUCUUAAAGUACAUAGAAGAACUCACACUGGAGAAAAACCUUAUGAAUGUAAAAAAUGUGGGAAAGCCUUUAUAUGUUUUUCAGGUCUUAGUAGCCACGUAAGAACCCACACUGAGGAAAAACCUUAUGAAUGUAAGGAAUGUGGGAAGGCAUUUCGACAUUAUUCAUCGCUUACUAUACAUGGAAGAAUGCACACCAGAGAAAAACCCUUUCAAUGUCUUGAGUGUGGAAGAGCUUUCAGUUCUCCCUCAUCCUAUGGGAUGCAUGUGAGAAGCCAUACUGGAGAGAAACCAUAUUAAUGUACGGAAUGUGGGAAAGCCUUUAUUUUCCAGCCUACUUUCGAAGCCAUUUGAAAGUUCACACAAGGGACAACAUAUAAAUGUAAGGAGUAACGGUAUCUCUGCAAGACUUUUUCUGAACUAAUGCAAUUUGUGAAGUCUCCUUUUGUGAAGUCUUAUACUGUGGAGACAGUAUAAAUGUGAGAAAGUAGGAGAUUAUCACUUAUUCUUUUGAAUAGUUGAGGACAACUGAGAGAAACCUUGUGUUUGUAAGCUAUAUGGUAAAGCCUUUUGAUUUUGAACAUAACUUGUGCCGCAGUCUGGCUGGGCUGUGCAAAGUAGCCGGGGGGCCACAAGCAACUUGUGAAAGUUGAAACAGCGGGAGCCACUGUAUUCAGACCAGCAGAGUUAUAUAUACCCAAGUAAAUACAGACAGCUUAUCUCAAUUAACAUUAUCCAGUUACAGCAAUCAGUCAUUAAGGAAUCCUCAUCAUCUUAAUAAUUAGGCACAGCUUAACUCAGUUAACAUCAUCUAGAUACAUCAGUCAGUCAUUAAGGAAUCCUCAUCCUCUUAAUAGCUCACUGGCAUUACUUCUCAAACCACUCCUCCUGGCAAAUUGUCAGGCACCAUCUUGACUUGGCGGUGGCUCUCAACACUUGUAGAAGAAAAUUCAAAAUUUGAGCUAGAAAAGGACAUCAGUGCCUCAUUAAAGUGGACUUCUAGAGGGUCAUUGAUUUCCAAUGUUUUCUAAUAGGAAGAUUUAAGGUUAUAUGUUUCCCUUUUCAGCUUUUAUGACAUACUUUUGAGUAUGAGGUGAGUUUCUUUAGAUGAGAUGUAAAUGUUAUUUCCAUUACAAAGUCUUUUGGACUCUUGGGAGAUUGUGUGUGUACACGUGUGUAUGCUUCUCCAUGAGACAGCACCUGGCUAUGUUGUCCAGGCUUGUAACUCCUGGACUUCUGCUUUAGCCUCCUAAGUUUGGGAUUUCAGGCAUAUAUCAUUGAGUCUGGCUCAAGUGCAUUUUUUUUUUUUUUUUUUUUUGGGCAGGCAGGAAAGUGGUGUUUUUUUUUUUUUUUUUAAAUUGUUGUUUAAGUUUGAACUCACAGCAUGGGCACCUUUUUCUUCUUCGUCUUUGUCUUUGCCUUUGCCUUCGCCUUCUUCUUCGUCUUCGUCUUUGCCUUCAUCUUUUUCUUCGUCUGGAUACUGAAAGUUGCCUACCCAAUAAUUCCCCCGUUUUCUUUAAGAGGACCAACUGUUUUUGAGAAUAUCAGUGUUUACUAUCAAAAGCUUUUCAUGUGUAAUAAAAUUUUUAGUAGAAAUUAAUUAGUACAAAGGCCUUGAAAGAGUAUAGUCUCAUCUGAUUGCUGUUUUGUUUUAUUCUUUAUGUUUGUUCACGACUGGAAUCUUUUUAAAUUUAAUUUAAGUUGUUGAUGGAUCUUUAUUUUAUUUAUUUAUAUGUGGUGCUGAGAAUCGAACCCAGUGUCUCAUACACGCUAGGUAAGCACUCGACUACUGAGCCAGAACCCCAGCCCUCAUGGCUGGAAUUUUGAUCUAAUGUUUUAAGUUAAUAAAGUGUGUUAUAUUAAUUUGGAUAUAGCUGAGGACUACAUUUCCCAAAAUCACUUCUAAUCCUAGGUGAUAGUUUUCUAAAAUAACUUUGCAAGAAGUUUGAAAGGCUUUAGGGAAGGAGCUACAAUUGCCUGCUUAUUAGGACCACAAUAUAGGUAGACAGAUGAGUCUGUGGGCCCCAAUUUUCAGCUCAUUUUUCUGAGUAUUGAAUGCCCUGUGGGCCCCAGUUUUCAGCUCAUUUUUCUGAGUAUUGAAUGCCCUGAUCCAUACUUGCUCAAAACUGAAUGUUAAGUGCUUGACCUCAGUCUCCUCAGGGGCUGCACCUCCACAAACAUCUCCAUUAACUCCUGUAUCCUGGCCAAAUACAACUCAGAUUUCUCUGGCAAGCUCUGGUGUUGCCAUUUUGGCAUUUUUGCUUCUCAUUGCACUUCCUCUGGCACUUUCACUGCCCUAUUAGAGUUGGCCAGUUUGUGGAAGGAUUGUCAUCAUGCUCACAGUCCAGUCCCAUUCUUCACUCUGCUUAUGGUAUUGAUGUCUAUACAAGCCUAUCGUGGUCCCAAAAGUGAGUAGAGCUGUGGGUAAUGAAGUUAUCCUGACUGUAAUUGAGGCAAGCCUCAGGUAAGUGUCAUCCUAUUUUGGUAGAGGAGGAUUUAUAUUUGAUACCUUCAGACAGGGACGAUUUUACUGCCUUUAUGUGAGAAGAGGAAUGCUAUGAGCUGUUUCAGGUACAUUUUGCUACCUCUUCCCUUUUUUUAAAACAUUGUAUUUUAAGGGUUGGUGUUGUGGCUCAGUGGUAGAGCAUUUGCCUAGCAUGUAUGAGGCACUGUGUUCGAUUCUCAGCAUGGCAUAUAAAUAAAUGAAUAAAAUGAAGGUCUAUUAACAACUAAACAUAUUUUAAAAAAUUAUAUUUUCUCUUAGAAGAAUAACUAUAGCAUUUCCCUUAAUCACUUUUUACUGUUUAUCAAGGUAUACAUAGACUAAUGUGCAAGCUGUGUACAGCUUGAUGUAAUUUCACAUAGAUGUAUACAUCCUGGUGGACACAUUUCCAGGAUUCCAGGAAGUUCAUUCAUCUCUUUCUCAAUAAUCACUCCACAGAGGAAAUUGGAUUUUAACUCUUAUUAUGCUUGAUUUGGUGUGCUUUUUCUCACUUUUCAAAUAAAUGUUAAAACUACAACA